AAUACAAAUAUUCAACUACAAGAGUUUUUCAAAAUUUCAAAAACGCCAUUCAGGUUCGGACUGACUUGAGGUUGAGUGAAUGAUAACAGUUUUAAUUUUUGGGUGAAAUUCUUUUAAUUCUGUUUCUAUUCAGACACUUUGUCGUAGAUUAACUUGAAGAAAUUGACAUUUUUGUUUGGUAACAAGUUUUUGAACAUAAAAUCUUUCAUCUUUCAACAUAAAAUCUUUAUGGAAAAAUGCUAUACAGAUCUUAAUUUUGGUGCUUUUGUGUAUUAUAUGCAAAAUAAUGCAUACAGAUGGGGUUUUCAUUUAAUAUUUUAAAAACGAUAACAGUUCUUAAAUGUAACUGCAAGACGUGGUCUGUUAUAUUUGGGUAAUACUCUAAUACAGUGAAUAAUGUGACCUUUAGCUGCAGUCUUUUAUACAAGUAUAAUCAUUAUCUGAAUGUGAAGUUCUGUAGGUUAAUUUAUAUUUUACUAAUUUUACUAUUUGACUAUUAUUAUUUUGUGGGUAAAAUAUAACAAUAAGGAUUCAUUUGACUAAAUAAGUUAACAUGUUUUCAUUGUUUAACGAUACUUCUCGACUAUUAAUCUUUGAGAAUUCAUUAAUAUUAAUGCUAAUUUCAACAUUAAUACAUUUUUUAAAUAGUCAUAUUGUUUAAUGUUAGUUCAUGCAUUAAAUAAUUGUGCAACUAACAUUAACAAAGACUAAUAAAAAUUGUAGAAUUAUAUUCCUCAUUCUUAGUUCAUGUUAGCUUAUGGAUUAAAUAAUGUUAACAAAUUGUAAAGUGUCAGGGUUUUGACUAUCGUCAGUUCCAUGAAUAUUUCAACUUUGAGAAAUGUAGAGAUCCUCUCAAACAGUGGCGUGUUUUUCAUGAACUCAAAGACCCUGGAAGUAGAAGUGUAGUGGUCUUAAGUCUUAGCCUCUUGGUUUUUGGUGUCUCUGUGGUUAUCCCAUUCAUACCAUGUGACCAAUCAAGCCAAUCAGACGCCACGGCAGCAGCUUACAGAUAGGCUCAUCUACUGGCCAGGGAUUUCUGUAAAUGGGAUGAGGGUGAUUAGCUGGGUUAAGGAUGACGUACAGUAACUUUGUGUUUAAUCAUUUGGAUCCUUGGCUUUUGUCCUCUCUUUUGCAGAUAGAGAGACACCACUAUUUGCGUCACAACCCAAGGACACUGCUGUUUUAAUUAUUGAGAUGAAAAUCCAUUUUUAAGAUCAUAAGGUAUCGAUUGGUGUUUACUUUUAGAAGAACCUGAGUUGAACUUAGUCUAUUAUGGGUGCGAAGAUCAUCAUGAAAGUAGCUAAAAAGUUCUCGCUUUACUGGAAUGGAUUACACAUUGCGCCUUGAACGUACUUUCAACGUUCAACUUCUGUAAGCUACAUUGCAGAGCUGUCUUUGGAGAUCUCCAAACUCUGAAAAGACUUUUUUUGGACUUUUAUUUGGACUUUAACUAGUUGUUCAUCAUGGCUCUAAUGAAGGUAAAGUUUGACCUGAAGAAACGGGUGAAGCUGGCCCAGAUGCUAUGGCUCAUGUACUGGUUUUCCAUUAUGGCCGGAGUGCUGGUCUUCAGCAUGGGCCUUUUCUUUAAAAUUGAACUGCGCAAGAGAAGCGAACUUAUGGACAACAAUGAGAGUCAUUUUGUACCCAACAUUCUAAUAGGUGUGGGUCUUUUGGCAUGUUUUCUCAGUGCCUCUGGGGGCAAAAUCUGCUACGACUCGCUCGACUCCACCAAGUUUGUGAAAUGGAAGUCCAUUGUGAAGCCCUUUCUCAUUUGUUGUUUGUUCUUCAACAUCCUCCUCAUUGUCACAGCGGCUAUGUGUUUUGCCAUGCGCAUUCCUCUAGAGUUUACACUUGCUGAGGGCCUGAAAAAUGGAAUGAAGUACUACAAGGACACCGAUACACCAGGACGCUGCUACAUGAAGAGAACUCUGGAUCUCAUGCAGAUGGAGUUUCGCUGCUGUGGCAACAACAACUACAAAGAUUGGUUCGAGAUCCAGUGGGUGAGCAACCGGUACCUGGACUUUAGCUCCAAGGGAGUCAAAGACCGAAUCAGCAGCAAUGUGGAUGGAAAAUACCUAAUGGACGGAGUUCCCUUCAGCUGCUGCAACCCUAGCUCUCCACGGCCCUGCAUCCAACAGCAAAUAACCAACAACUCCGCUCACUACAGCUAUGACCACUACACCGAAGAGCUAAACAUCUGGAAACGUGGCUGCCGAGAUGCUCUGGUGUCCUACUAUGGUGGAAUGAUGAACACAAUUGGGAUACUUGUGCUGAUGGUCACCCUCUUGCAUAUUGCUGUAAUGAUUGGACUUCAGUACGUAAACACCUCUCUGUCCACACUGGUCAACCCAGAAGACCCUGAGAGUGAGAGCGAGGGCUGGAUCCUGGAGAAAACUGUCAAAGAGACCUUCACUGACAUCAUGGCUAAGAUGAAGGCCAUGGGCAAAGGUAAUCAAGUGGACGAGGGGGCAAAUGAAGAGGCUGCUGCCACUGUGAGCUGAGCGAGCCCCACCCACCAAACUUUGGCCACGCCUACCUGAGGUAGAGAGCUGUGGGACACAGCCUAAAACUGUAACUAUAUCCCUAACACUAUGCAAAGUGUAGACAAAGCCAAUUAACGAGGAACUGGUGAAGGGAAAAAAAAUCUAAAUACAAACUUUUGUCAGUCAGACACUUUCCUGUAAUCCAAUUAGUAUAUUAGAAUUCCAUAUUAUGGUGAAAAACAA